UUGGGGGUCAGAAGUGCUCGGUUCGAUAACAAAAUCUAUAUAAAAGCUGAGUCGAAAUCUUCGCCACACAUUCAGUGAUCAACUGUAUAACCAAAAUGGCAUUUAAAUUCACUUGCUUACUUCUGGCGGUGGCCGUAGUGGGAUGCCUCGGCUCCCCCUACCCGGGCUACGGCGGCGGCGGCAGCAGUGGCCACAUCAGCGGCGGCGGCCACGAGGGCGGCUUCGGUGGCCACGAGCAGGGCGGUUUCGGCGGCCACGGCUCCCACGGCCAGAUCCAGACACACGGCCACGGGCAGGGCUCCGGCGGACACGGCAGCUUUGACCAAGGAGGUUUCGGCCAAGGCGGUCAUGGUAUCCACCACGGAGGCAGCGAGGGCGGUUUCGGCCACGGUGGCAGCCAGGGCAGUUUCGGACACGGUGGCAGCCAGGGUGGUUUCGGCCAUGGUGGCAGCCAGGGUAGCUUCGGCCACGGCUCUCACGAGGGAAGCUUCGGCCAAGGUGGACACGAGGGCAGUUUCGGCCACGGCGGCAGCGGAGGCCACGGACACGGCAGCCACGGAUCCUUCGACGGAGGCUACGGAGGCGGCAGCCAUCACGGUUUCGGCCACGGCGGACAUGGUGUCUACCACGACCACGGCGGCAACCAGGGCGGUUUUGGCUACGGUGGCAACCAGGGUUUCGGCCACGGCUCACAUGAGGGUGGUUUCGGCCACGGUUCAUAUGAUGGCAGUUUCGGCCACAGCGGACAUGAGGGCAGCUUUGGCCACGGCCACGGGUCAUUCCACGGAGGCUACGGUGGAGGCCAUUAUGGUGGAUACCAAACUCACGGCUACUAAUGUCGUUGUUAGCUCAACUUCUAUUUAUAAUUAAAUUAUUUAUUCGUAUUUUUUA